AUGUCAAUACCUAGAAGAAUAACAAAAGAAACACAAAAUUUAGCCAAUGAACCACCCCCAGGAAUAAUGGCUGUACCUGUUCCUGAGAAUUAUCGUCAUUUUAAUAUUUUAAUAAAUGGACCUGAUGGAACACCAUAUGAGGGCGGAACAUAUAAAUUAGAACUCUUCUUGCCUGAACAAUAUCCUAUGGAACCCCCUAAAGUUCGUUUUUUGACAAAAAUAUAUCAUCCAAAUAUUGAUAAGUUAGGUCGAAUUUGUCUAGAUAUAUUAAAAGAUAAAUGGAGUCCUGCAUUACAAAUACGAACAGUGCUCUUAAGUAUACAAGCUUUAUUAUCAUCACCAGAACCUGAUGAUCCUUUAGAUUCUAAAGUUGCUGAACAUUUUAAACAGGAUAAAAACGAUGCCGAACAUGUUGCAAGACAAUGGAAUAAAAUUUAUGCAAAUAAUAAUGUUUUAUAA